GAGGCUGAACGAAGCCUUGCACAAGCUGAAUAAGGCCGAGUCGCAGAGUGGCCAGGAGCAGGCGGAGAUCCAGCGGGUCCGCUCCGUGCACGAGAGGGAGAAGCAGCUGCUGGUGGAGGCACAGGAGGAGAUCAGCAUCGAGCUCGCCACCGUCCGGCGUGUCGUGUCGACGCGCGAGGUGCAGAUAGAGGCCUUGAAGAAGGAGGUCGAGGUCAUGGGCGCGACGUCCAAGACGAGGGAGAAGGAACUCGAGGCCGAAGUCCAGAAGUUGAAGGACAAGAUCCGGAAACUAUCCGGCGAGAUGGAGCAAGCCGUCAUCCUUGCCAGGCACAUGCGGGAGACGGCCCUGAAGGUCAAGCGAGACGCCUCGAAAAGCGUGUCGCCAGAGAAGUUCUCCCAGCUGGUCGCGCAGCUCGAAGACAUGAAGGACAAGCUCGACGUCGCGUCCAAGGACAACGACCACCUGAGGCAGGACAGGUGCUGGCUUCAGGACAAGCUGGACAGGAACCAGCGCCGGCUCGAGCUGGAGAGGCAAUUUCUUCCUCUGGUGCACGCUGCCCGCGGUCCGCUGGGUGCGAAGGAGAUCCCCGCGAAGCGGGACAGGGAGGACCCCGCGAAGCGGGACAGGGAGUCCUUGGAGGAGAGAGUGUCGCCAGCACGCGGCGGCGGCGGUGCCGAGAGAUCGCUGCCGGCAUCCCGCAGCCUGCCUGCGCUCGCAGCGGGCGGCAACAGAGGUGGCGUCCCACUGGGCGCCCACACGUGCAGCCCCCUCGGUGGCAGCCACUAGCACGGCGUCCUGGGCACUGGUCCUGUACUGAGCAGGCUGGCGCGACGCAUCGCUGUGCUUGGUGGCCUGUCUGGGUCCCAUUGUAUGCGUAGGGUUACUCGCCUCACCUGCAGGCGGUAUCCACGGACUCGCUGUAGCCUCAUCAGCGUCGAGCCGUUCCUCCUCCCCUCCAGUCCUUCUUCUCCUCCUUGUAUGGCCACAGGGGCCCCGGCUCGAUGGUGGGACACGGCUCGAGACACUGGAGGGCCGGACCGGGUUCUUGGAGUCUUUUUUCGGUUGGCCUCGCGCUGCGCCGCGCCCUCGCUUCAGGCGCCAGGGCCUCGCGCGCAGCCGUGGAUCGCCGGCGUCGGGAAAAGUCCAGGUCGCGAGGCAGUGGGGGCGUGAUUGGAGGCCCGACCCCCGCGAUUUCGAGGAACA